AUGUGGACGUGGGAGGCAUUCGAGAGCCACUUCAAUAAGAAGUACCUCCCUCAGACGUACCAGCAUGAGAGGAAAAAUGAAUUCCUCCACCUCCAACAAGGGGGGAUGACCGUAGCGCAAUACGAGAACCGUUUUACAGAAUUGUCACGCUAUGCUUCCGAAAUGAUCGCCAACGAGGUGAUUAAGAUGAGGCGAUUCACUGCAGGAUUAAGGAACAGCAUCCGCUUGAAGAUGUGUUGUGCAAGCAUCCGGACCUAUGCCAAGCUCAUCGAGAUGUCCAUACGGGCGAAACAGGAUGAGGAACGAGUAGAGAUUAACUGUGACACUCUGACAGUGAAGAUAUACGAAGACGACAACACUUCCCUCACAUUCUCAGUCCAGGAGAGUUGGGACGAUUGCCUCUCAUAUGCCGAGUUCGCCUACAACAAUAGCUUCCAGGCUAGCAUCGGUAUGGUACCUUACGAGGCUUUGUAUGGGCGUCCAUGCCGAGCCCCGCAUUGUUGGGAGGAAAUUAGCGAGAAGAGUUUGUUAGGGCCAGACUUUGUGCGGAUUACGACCAAAAAGAUUGAAAUCAUCCGACACCGCCUCUUGACGGCUCAAAGCAGGCAAAAGAGCUAUGCCGACAUGAGGAGGAUGGACUUGGAAUUUGAAGCUGGGGACCACGUAUUUCUCAAAAUCUCCCCAAUGAAGGGUGUUGUACGCUUCGGCAAGAAAGGAAAGCUCACACCACGAUUCAUUGGGCCCUUCCAGAUUUUGGACCGCGUAGGUGCAGUUGCCUAUCGUUUGGCCUUACCUACACCGCUUGCCGGAGUGUACAACGUCUUCCAUGUAUCCAUGUUGAAGAAGUAUGUCCCCGAUCCUUCGCACAUCAUCAAGUGGAAGCACGUGGAGCUCAAGAAAAAUGCCACAUAUAUUCUCCAGCCCACUAAAAUACUGGAUAGGAAGGAGCAGGUCUUACGCAACAAAGUCAUCUCAUUGGUCAAGGUACUAUGGACCCAUAACGAUGAAGAAGAGGCCACUUAG